AUGUUAAGAGUAACGGAAGAAUUUGAAAAUCAGUAAUUAAAACUUAAGAAUUUGAAUUAUAAAAUAAAUAGUUAAAACAUGAAAAAGACUAAUUAAAAUCUUAAAAAAGUAACCUUAAAAGCUUGAUAAGUUAAUUAAAAGAAGAAAAAGGUAGCAAAAUUGAAAAAAAACUAAAAAAUCUCAAAGAAGAAGUAUCUCAUGUAAGGAUUAUUAAAGAAAAUUGGAAGAAAGAGACACAUUUAAUGAAAGAUUAUAAAAAGAACUUUAGAUAGUAAAGUCAGAGUUAGAAAUGAGUGAAGAUUAUAAAAUGCUCGCUUAAUCAUCGAAAAAAUUAUCAAAAUCUCCAGAAAAAUAGUUUUGA